CUGCCCAAUUCAAGCGCCCGUCGAAUUCUACAUCUUAUGAAGACAUUAUGUGGCCGUAUGUCAGGCACGCUUUGGUUCCGUCGUGGUGCUUCAGCGAUGUGGCUCCAGUCAUACUGCUACAUUCAGGAGGACACGGGCAGUCUGCUGUGUGAGGCUGAUGUUCAAUCUCCAAAUCGCACCCUCAUUCCCGAUCUACGCGGUUGUCAAGUACGCACUGCCAUGGAUGAAGACACUCAGAUGCCCUAUCUUGACAUCUCGGUGCCCAACUCGACAUUACAAUUGCACAUUCGUCUCAAAGAUCGAAAAGACUUUGACUCGUGGUUUGCCGCUUUACUUUGUUGGCAACCAAUUCGUCCAAGAGGCAUUCACAACAAGAUGACAAAACCUCAGUCUCCUGUCGUGCAAGGCAUCACCUUGACUGAUAGCAGACGUAAUUCCGAGAUGUCUCUCACACUAAAGGAAGCCCCCAUUAUUAAAGUCGGCCCUAUGAUUUACUGGGAUAGCAACAUUUCAUACGCCAACGCCGGCACUCCGAGAUCGCUCAAACCUUCACCUUCGCGCUUCCAAAGUUACGGCUCGCACUGGUGGAGGCGUGUAUCUUGUACUCUGCGUGAGAACGGAGAACUCAAACUCUACGCCGAAUCUGGUUCUACACUUCUUUCUGUUGUUCAGCUCUCCCAGCUCUCUCGCAGCGCUGUUCAAAGAUUGGAUCCUUCUGUCUUGGACAACGACUUUUGCAUAGCCAUCUAUCCUCAGUACACAUCUGGUGCCACUGUCACCACCGCCAUUCGACCCAUAUACCUCUCUUUGGAAACUCGUGUUCUUUACGAAGUUUGGUUUGUUUUGCUGAGAGCUUUCACGAUACCACAACUCUAUGGACCUAAACCUAAUGGCCACUCUGACGAAUCUGCUAUUAUUCCUGAUACCCCUUCAUCUACCGCCUUCGAUACCAUGAUGGCCAAUGAGAAGAUUGAAAUGUUCCGCAUGGAGCGCGCUUUAUCUAUUCGCAUAAUUGAAGCCAAGCUACCGCAUGCUCCUUUGAGCUCAUUGGCUGAGUUCAACCACCACCAUUCAAAUCGUCAUAACAAUAACAAUGCCACAAACAAGCCUGAACUCUCGGACGGAUACUAUGUUGAGAUUCAUCUGGACGGUGAAACCCGAGGCAAGACACAAAUCAAACAUGAAUCAAUGGCGCCCUUUUGGCGCGAGGAGUUCGACUACUUAGAUCUGCCCGCCGUCCUUACCUCCGCUUCCGUCUUAUUGAAGCGUCGCCCACCGGAUCUCUCGAGCCCUCGCGAACAACACGAACUACGACUUGUGCAUGAAGCCUAUGGUCUACUAGACCCUUCGCAAAAGACUGGCGGUUCUGCUGGAUUCAUGCCUGUACAAAACGACCAAACACUCGGCAAAAUCGAGAUAUACCUCGAAGAACUAGAAGCGAGCAAAGAAGUCGAAAAGUGGUGGCCCGUCAUGAACCAGCACGACGAAAAUGUUGGCGAAAUUUUGAUCAAGGCUCGCGCAGAAGAAAAUGUCAUUCUUAUGGCCAAGGACUACAAACCCUUGAAUGAUCUGCUGCACAAUUUCUCGAACGAGCUUACGCUGCAGGUUGCUCAGAUGAUCCCGACUGAACUGCGACGGUUGUCAGAUUUGCUGCUGAACAUCUUCCAAGUAUCUGGCCAAGUCACUGAAUGGAUCAUGGCUCUGGUUGAAGAAGAGAUUGAUGGCGUACACAAAGAAACGCCUGUUUCUCGUAUGAGAUAUACCCGUCGCAUGGCAAACAGCAACAAUGAAGCAGACGCAAAUGUUACUGCUGCUAGCGAGCGAGAACUCAUGGUUCGUGAUAUGAACAAGAAUGCCACACUGGAAGCAAACUUGCUCUUCCGCGGCAAUACCCUGCUCACUAAAUCUUUGGACUCGCACAUGCGUAGAGUAGGCAAGGAGUACCUUCUUGAAUGCCUUGGUCCCAUCAUCAAGGACAUCAAUGAGAAGGACCCUGACUGUGAAGUUGAUCCCAACCGAGUAACAAACCAGCAUGAUCUCAAGAAAAAUUGGGACAGGCUGAUCAACUGCACCAAAUCGGUCUGGAAUACAAUCAAAGUCAGUGCCAGGAAUGCCCCUCCGGAGCUGAGAGUCAUAUUCAGACACAUCAGAGCUUGCGCAGAAGACAGAUAUGGCGACUUCUUGAGAAGUGUCAGCUACAGCAGUGUUUCUGGUUUCUUGUUCCUGCGCUUCUUUUGCCCAGCAGUUCUGAACCCUAAGCUGUUUGGCCUUCUCAAGGACGAUCCCAAGCCUCGUGCUCGCCGAACCUUCACCUUGAUUGCAAAGUCACUCCAAGGCCUUGCCAACAUGGCCUCGUUUGGUAGCAAAGAACACUGGAUGGAACCCAUGAACGCUUUCCUCACAGAUCAUCGGGAAGCUUUCAAGACUUUCAUCAACGACAUCUGUUCAAUAUCUGCUCCGGAUGGCAUGAUUGGUCAAAAGCCGACCUCUUACUCGACUCCACUGGCCAUUCAGUCUCGUCUUCCGAUGACUAGUCGUGAAGGGUCCCCCAGCCUGCCAUACCUCAUUGACCAAAGUCGUGAGAUCGCAAGCCUAGUCGAACUCUGGCUACAAGGCACGACCAACGGAAGUGAAGCGGAGUUGUUAGCAGCACAGAUUGGCAAGGAAGAUGGCGAUCUCUUGACUUUCCAUAAACUUUGCAGAACCCUCGAUGCCCAGACAAAAGAGUGUCUGUCUCGUGCCGAGCGCGCUGAACGCCCUAACUCUGCGCUCAGCUUCCGCUGGGAAGAGCUCAUCGACCAAUUGCAAACCACAUCGCUG